AUGGGAAAUGAUGGUGGCUCCAUUCCCAAGCGCCGCGAGCUGGUCAAGGAGGCUGCGCGGGCUCCCACAGCCACGGAAAUAAAAGAGACGCUGCUCGAAUCUCUAACACAUCUAUGGAAUUUCUGCCCCCUAUCGUCGCUGCCCCUCGACUACUCCAAUACAGUUUCCGACGGCCGAGGGCGGCUUUAUAACUACGAAUCGAUCCUACAGUGUCUACUACCAAGCGAAGACGGCAGCGUGCCGGAGGCCCAGUUAGACGCAUAUCGGGAAUCGGGCAUCAAGAGCCUCAAGGAUGUCGUGAGGGUCAAAUUCACGGUGCGCAAGGAUGAGAAAGGGCACGAGUUCAGGGCAUGUCCAGUUAGUCUGAAGGAGCUCGGUGCCUCCACAAAAGCAACAUAUGUCGUUCCCUGCGGCCAUGCUUUCGCAGAGGUGGCGAUGAAGGAGAUUUCUGGUUCGGAAGCCAAAGAUGCCGAGGAGCAGCAUUGCCCCGAGUGCAGCGAGGCCUUUGAAGAGAGUAAUUUGAUACCAAUCUUGCCCACAUCGGAGGAUGAGAAUGCUAGAUUAAGGCAGAGAUUGGAGAGUUUAAAGGCCAAGGGAUUAUCGCACAGUCUCAAAAAAGACAAGUCCAAAGACAAAAAGAAGCGCAAAGCAGAGGAUGGCACCAAUGGCGAUGCUGAAGACGGUGCCAAGAGUAAGAAGGAGAAGAAGAAGGACAGGGGUGCCAACGGCAUCGAUAGUCGUAUCAACAACGCCAUGACGGCUUCAUUAACAGCGAGGGUCUUGGCUGAGCAAGAAGAAAAAAACAAGCGGCGGAAAAUCGAUGAAAGCCUCAAAAGGGAAGUCGUGCGAUGA